AUGGAGCAAUAUCCGCUGCCGCGGGUUGACGAUAUCUUUGCGAACCUCAACGGCGGAGAAGUUUUUAGCACAUUGGACUUGAACGCCUAUAAUCAGCUGCCCCUUGACGAGGACUCGAAGAGCUGCCGUUACGGAGUGUCGUCAGCGCAAGCAAUCUUUCAGCGGCGCAUGGAGGCCGUGCUCAGCGGGAUCCCUGGCGUGCAGGUAUAUCUGGACGACAUAAUUGUAUCGGAAAAGGCAAACGACUGCAGGAUCCUGGAGCAAGUGCUACAGCGCCUGAGGGAACACGGCCUGCGCCUACGACGGGAGAAAUGCAAGUUCAGGCAAGAGCAAGUCACCUUUCUCGGACACUGCAUCAACAGACACGGCCUACGCCCCAAAAGCGACAACAUCACGGCACUGCUCGACGCCCCCCAGCCCACUUCGGUGCGAAAGUGGAUCCUGCAGGGCUGGCCGCAGUACCUGACAGAUUCCGAGGAGCGAUUCCGGCCGUUCUUCCAGAAAAAGGAUAAGCUGACGGUGAAUCAGGACCUCAUUUAA